AUGGCCAGUGCCUCCCAGACAGCGUCGUUUGUGGGAACAAUGUCUGCGAAGAAGGCGAGGUUUGCUGCAACGGGUUCUGUGGUGCACACGGGAACAACGUUUGCCCUCCAACGACCGAGUUGCACUCGACGUCUUGUAAGGAUGCCCCUGGUGGAUGUCCUGAGUGCAAGAGAGACAUUGAUUGUCCCAUGCCAAUGUGCUUGCCAGGCGUCUACUGUCCGCAGUUUGUGUGCGAGGAUGGCCAAUGCGUUGACAAGGUUGAUCACCAGCAGGGAUCUGAAUGCGAGCAAGACUACCAUUGCCCUCAGCCUGGUUGUCGACCUGGACACUUCUGUCCCACGUUCGCUUGCAAAAGAGGUCAGUGUUUUGAGAAUGAACUUGUUUCUUGCCCUCAAGACACCAAGUUGUGCCCGGACGGAUCCUUUGUCUCAAGAGCAGGUCCUGAUUGCGGCUUUGCUGAGUGCCCUCAACUGUAUAUUAAGUGUCGGGAACAGCAAGAUUGUCCACAAGUUCGCUGCAGGUUGGGAGCCCCUGGCUGCCCUGAAUAUCACUGUGACAUGGAGAGAGGCGUUUGUGUUGAUCUGA